AUGGCGGCGCGGAGACUGGCGGCCGCGGGGCUCGCGCUGGCGGUGCGGCCCGUGUCCGGGGGCCCGGGGCCCGGGGGCGGGGGCGGGGGGGGGGGCGGCCGCUGGCGGCUGCUCGGGGCCGUUUGUCUGCAGAGAAGCGCCGCAGUCUCCCGGACACCGAACCCCAGAGAGACCGAAGUCACACACUUACUGCAGCAGAUGGAACAAGAGAAAAGUCUGUAUUCUGACCACGAGCUUCGAGUGUUCGAGGACGAGGAGAGAGUGCGGCGGAGAUUGGCUGAUGAUUACGACUCAGACGAGGAGGAAGUGGUGGGGCAGGAGAUCGUGUCUGCCCAGGACCUGGAGGACUCCUGGGACCAGAAGCUAAAGAAGUUCAGCCCCGCCAAGCGGGUACAAGAUGCGGACAGGGAGAAUGAUCGUCUGUCACUGAACAGGAAACUUGAAGACAAGCUGAUAUUACUGGUGAAGGAGAGGCUUGGGGAUGAGGAGCUGUGGCUGUUGCCCCAGGGGGAAUGGAAGCCCUGGGAAAGCCUGCGGAGAACGGCAGAGCGUACCCUGUCAGCACUGUCAGGAGACAAACUGAGGGCAUGUUUUCUGGGCAAAGCCCCCAGUGGCUUGUAUAAAUAUCGCUAUCCCAUCACACUGCGCUCCUCUGGCUAUGAGGGAGCCAAGGUUUUCUUCUUUAAAGCAAUGCUGACAAAUGGAGACCUGCAAACGGACGUCAAGGACCACGUGUGGGUGACGAAGAGUGAGCUACAGCACUAUCUCAAACCACAAUACUUGAAGCAACUCAACCGCUUUGUCUUUGACUUCUGAGGAACAUUGAAUAUGAAUACUUAAUUAGUAAAAAUAAAUACGUUUGCCCAUUUCA